AUUGACUUAACUUUAUUUAUAGGUACCGGCUUUGGAUUUUCAUCCCUCAUUGUUCCCGCCAUUUGCAACCAGUACUUCUUUGAACUGAGAGCCACAGCACUGGGCUUUUGCAACAUGGGAGCUUAUGUUGGAACGGCGAUUUUACCUCUUCUUUUCGACCUUUUUCAUGAUACUUACGGUUUAUCUGGAACGUUUCUACUGAUAGGUGGAAUAGCAAUGCAUUGCAUUCCAAUGGCAUUAAUGCUAAAGGAUCAAAAUUUCUCAGACACAAAAUCCGUUACGCUGAACACUAAAAGACCAAUUGAUUCAGAAAGUUCCACAACUAAAACGCCAGAAAAUGAUGACUAUCUCCCAGUAGUUACGUAUAAUAGAACUAAGGUAUUUUCCAUAGACCAAGAAGUUUCAAACAACGAAGCAAAGUCGAAGACUAACUUUUCAUUUGAAAAUAGAUAUUCACAGAAAAGCUGUCGAGAGCCUUAUUGCAACAACUGCUUAAAUUCUUCUCAUACAUGUACGUGUAAUCCUAAGAAUUUAGAGCUAUUAAUAGGCUCUGCCAUGGCUAAACAGCCUGAAAAUGCGUUGUUUUCUGCAACAAAAAUUCGAUGUACAGUUACGGAUAGUGUAGCUUGUUCAGAGCCGAAGCACAUGUGCAGGAAUGGCACAGAAAAUAACUUGAAAGAAGCUUGCAAAACUUCUCAAGAACUAUCACCUACCAUCUUGGGGAAAGGCUCUGAAAGUAAAAGUUUAUGCUAUUCUUUAAAAGAACGAAUUUUUUCUAGAAGCAAUUCUAUUCGCAACGAAUCUACUUUAUGGGUGUAUUUAGACCCUGCAUUUAUGCUUAUUUUGCUGGCCGACAGUGCUUAUGGAUUUUCGUACAUUGCUUACAUGGCAAUCAUCGUAGAUUUUUCAAGAGAUAUUCAAGUUGAUACUGACAAUGGGAAAUAUCUUUUACUGUGCAUUUCUGUGGUAGGCAUUGUCACCAGUGCCAGUAUGGGAUGGAUAAAAGAUAAAUCAGGGAUGAAAAGCCAUAGCUUUACAAUUAUAUGCCUCUUACUUACUGCGUUGGUCAAUGGAAUCAUGCCAUGGGCAAGUAGUACUGCUGUGCUGGUGUUAUUGGUUGGAGCGUGGUCUCUUCCAGGGGCAUGUAUUGCAUUUCUCGUUCCUCUAAUGAUAAACGAUUAUAUCCCAGAAGAGAAACAAGCAAUGGCAAUUUCAUCUUGUCAUUUUAUUACGGGGCCACUGUAUUUGACCAUCUCGCCAUUAGUGGGUUUUUUCAGAGAUGGAUUUGGUAUUUACGAUUACAUCUUCUAUUUGCUAA